AUGGGCGAUGGGGGCGCCGAGCGCGUCGGCGGCCCCCCGCGCCCGGCUGAGGACUCGAGGGCUGAAGCCCCGGGCCGAAGCCCUAGGGAAGUUGCUGGGACCUCGGCCUCCUGCCCUGCGAGCUCAGGGGCGGGCAGCGCCGGCUGCGACGGGCAGUCCCGGCUCAGAGAGACUGACCACUGCCGCCGCAUCCUGGUUCGAGACUCCAAAGGCACCAUCCGCGAGAUUGUCCUGCCCAAGGGCCUCGACCUGGACCGGCCCAAGCGCACCCGCACGUCCUUCACAGCCCAGCAGCUGUACCGCCUGGAGAUGGAGUUCCAGCGCUGCCAGUACGUGGUGGGCCGUGAGCGCACUGAGCUGGCCCGCCAGCUCAGCCUCUCUGAGACCCAGGUGAAGGUCUGGUUCCAGAACCGCCGCACCAAGCAGAAGAAAGACCAGAGCAGAGACCUGGAGAAGCGGGCGUCCUCCUCGGCCUCCAAGGCCUUCGCCACCUCCAACAUCCUGCGGCUGCUGGAGCAGGGCCAGCUGCUCUCCGUGCCCAGGGCCCCCAGCCUCCUGGCACUGAUCCCCGGCCCACUGGGCCUGCCUGCUGACCACAGCGUCACCCCCUUGGGUGACCCGAGGAACUCCUCCCUGCGCCUCAACCUGUUCACCUCGGGCUCGCCCCCACUGCCACCCCUUCCACCAGGCCUCUGCCUUUCCACUGCCCCUCUCCUGGACAUGGCCACCGGCUACGAACUGGGCUCCUCAGCCUUUGAGCCCUAUAGCCAGCUGGAGCAGAGAGAAGGCAGCCCCUGUGGCGGCAAGAAAGCUAAUGCGUAAGCCUCACCCACAUGUGACAUGGAGCCCCCCCAGCACAGCACCACCCCGCCUCCUGUGCCCCACUGGACUGCCCUGAGCAGACCCCAGGGGAGGGUGGCAGUCCGGUGCCCUGCCUCCCAGCCCCGCUCAGGGACUGACCAGAUGGCCCU